CCCCGGAUGGAGCCAGACCCUGCUGUGUGGGCCGCUAGGGACCAGAGUUGUGUCACCCCCCAUCCCACCAACAAAACAACCGCAAAACACAACCAACAAACACAAAAUACAGGGGGUGACACACUCCAUGACGCCGGGCAGCUCACUGAACCGUCCCGUGCAUCAAGGGGCUUGAGGUUAAUUUGAAAAUGAAUAAUUUGAAGAAACUUCCUGCCGAGCAAGCUGCAAACCUUGAAAAGUUCAGCCCCGAUGUCCUGGCGGAUAUUUCUGAACUCUUUUCAAAGAAGUUUACGUACACCAAACCGCCCAACGACGAGUGGCGCCUACCGGAUCCCGGUGAUGCAUUCACCCAGGACCACAAAGAAUUCAACUCGCUCCUUGUUUUAAAGGACUCCCUGAAUGAAGUAAAAAAUCUGUUGAGCGAUAAGAAGUUGGAUGAGUGGCACGAGCACACUUCCUUCACCAAUAAAGCGGGGAAAAUCAUUCCUCACGUGAAGAAAACCGUCAACGCAGAGCUGUGCACGCAGGCUUGGUGCAAAUUCCAUGAAAUUGUGUGUAGCUUCCCCCUCAUCCCCCAGGAAGCUUUUGAGCAUGGCGAGCUAAAUUCGGUGCACCUCUGCGAAGCCCCUGGAGCGUUUAUAGCGAGUCUCAACCACUAUUUAAAGUCUCACCACAUCCCCUGCGACUGGAACUGGGUAGCCAACACUCUCAAUCCGUACCACGAGGCUAAUGACAACAUAAUGAUGAUUAUGGAUGACCGGCUUAUCGCCAAUACCUUGCCCAGGUGGUACUUCGGCCCGGAGAACACCGGCGACGUCAUGACGCUGAAACAUCUGACGGGACUUCAACAUUUCAUAGGGAGCCUGGCCACCGUUCACUUGGUGACGGCUGACGGCAGUUUCGAUUGCCAAGGAAAUCCGGGGGAACAGGAGGCUCUGGUCUCUCCUUUACACUACUGUGAAGUAGUCACUGCCCUGAUGAUUCUAGGGAGCGGAGGGUCCUUCGUCCUGAAGAUGUUCACUCUUUUCGAGCACUGCUCCGCCAAUCUGCUGUACCUUUUGAACUGUUCCUUUGAGGAAGUUCACGUCUUCAAACCCGCAACCAGCAAGGCUGGGAACUCGGAAGUCUAUGUGGUGUGCCUGAACUUUUUGGGCAGAGAAGCCGUCCAUCCUUUGUUAACCAAGAUGAUGCAGCAUUUUGAAGCCGAGAAGGUGGGCCGAGCCCUCUUCCCCCGAGACGCGAUUCCAGAAUCGUUCCUGAAGUGUCACGAGGAAUGUUGUGUGUUCUUUCAUAAAUCUCAGUUAGAGACCAUUUCUGAAAACAUCCGCCUGUUCGAGAGCAUGGGAGAAGAAGAGCAAGCGAAGCUGAAUAAUUUAAGGGACUGUGCCGUGGAACUCUUCAUGCUGAAGUUCCAAUUGAAGCCUCUGGCCCGGAACAACUGGCUGGUAAAGAAAUCGAACAUCGGUUGCAGCAUGAACGCAAAAUGGUUUAGGCAGCGGAACAGAUACUUCAGGACCUAUAACGAAAGGAAGAUGCUGGAAACCCUUUCCUGGGCUGACAAGUUGGCCAAAGGUUACUUCGACCGUUGGGUCGAAGACCACGCUCUAAUCAGUACGGGGCAAAGUUGUAUUUUAGAAGGAUCCCCUUCUAACCUGGAGUGCCACUCGUGGUGUGUCUUAGAGGGAAAGAAACUGCCCAGAGUCAAGUGUUCACCUUUCUGUGAUGGUGAGAUUUUGAAGACUCUCAAUGAAGCUCUCGAGAAGUCAUUCGGCGAUGCCUGGGGCUCGGGUGGCCCCUGCAGACAGAAGGGGCCACCCUGUCCUUCCUGCCACGUUCUUUCCGCGGACCUGGUUUUCUCCGAGUUACUGAACCUCACCCAGAGCCUUCCGGACAGUUCAGCCGAAGGAAUCGGCGCACAGAUCAAGUGCGUGGUGGUGGGCUUGCCAUCCCUCUGCGGCAUCGAAAGCCGCACGUAUGCGGAAGUUAGACUCCAGGAUUCCGCCCCGCUCCUGGCCUUCAGCUGUUCCUUGCUUCAUGACGGAGAACCAAGGUAUCAGCGACAGCUUUUAGACUGUCUCCUGUGUUCGCUGCAACAGCUGCAGCCAGGCGACGCGUUGAUUUUGCCCGUGCUGUCUUGUUUCACCCGAUUCUCUGCCGGCCUUGUCUUUAUCCUGCACCACUGCUUCAGCAGCAUCGCGUUUGCUUGCCCCAUAUCGUCCGAGCCUCUGGGGAGCUGUGCGGUACUGUUGUGUGUUGGCUAUCGGGCUCUCCCGAGUCCAGUCACCCAGUACCUGCGGAACCUGAGCCAACUGACCCGUGACUUAAUUGACUCGGACGCGUCUCGGCAGGUUUUACAGUUUGUACCGAUGGAGGCGGUCCUGAAGGGAACUCUGCUAGAGUUUCUGUGGGAUUUGAACACUGCCAUUGCCAAAAGGCAGCUGCAUCUGAUCGUUCAAGGACAGCAGCAGGGCAAGACCGGCCAUCUUCAAUUAUAAAACCGCGCCCUUAGCUUUCGUUUCAGAUAAUUCCCCUUGCAGGGGCGGGGGCAACUAAAAUUUUUCAACUUUGUUCUCCUCACCUCAUCCUGACACUUUGGGAACUUCAGUAAGGAGAAGGGGCCGCCUUUGGCAGCGUUCGGGAGUCUUAAUUUCCACAAAACUAUCGUCUGGUUCCAAUCAGUUGUAUUUAUCGAGCGCUUACCGUGUGUAGAGCACCGUACUAAAUGCUUGGGAGAGUAUACUAUAAUGGUUUGUAGACACGUUCCUUGCCCACCGUGAGCUUUCAGUCUGCCCCUAGACUUGGCGGGCAGAGGGUGGUUCUCCAGGUGGUGGAGAUUUGGAGAUGAAAUGAAAUUCUAGACAUGGAAAAGGGAUGUUCUUUGUGGCUAAACCGAUAGCUCGACCCGCUAAACUGAAAGCUCACCGUGGGCAGGGAAUGUGUCCGUUUAUUGUUGUACUCUCUCAACCUUAGUACAGUGCUCUGUACUAAUACAAUUGAGUCCAAUAAAUACGAUUGAAUGAAUGGAUUGACUUCCUUUCCCUUCCCUCAGCCCGUUUGCUACUCGAUAACACAACUUACUGCGAGUUUGUCCUGUGAACGUCCGACUGGAGAGUGAGUAAUUGUCAUUGGUAGAGGAGAGGGGUCGUUGGUGAGUAACACCGAUCGCUCCGUUUUGUAUCAUUGAGAACUCACUGCGUGCAGAGCACUGUACUAAGCACUCGGGAGACUACAGUAUAACAGCCGGUAGACACUUUCCCUGUCCAAAAGGACCCCUUUAUUUCAAGUCUGUUUUCGAUCUCAGGUGUUGGCAUAUUUUCUUUCGGCCACUGUGCUAGUAGUACACCUGUCAUCUUCGAUUAAAAUGGAACUGGGUUUGCCGUCGGUCUGUUUCUGUAGAUGUUCAGCCAACAGUCCCUUUCCAUUAAACUCAAGUGAUACCAGCUGAGAGUGAAGC